CAAAUUUACCUUUUACGCCCACGACCGAAUUCACGCUUCGAAAGACGAUUAUACAAGAUGGCUACGGGCGCGCAAUCAUUCUACGAGCUGUACCGUCGAAGCAGCAUCGGCCUCGCUCUGACCGACACGCUCGACGACCUCAUCAGCGAUGAGCGCAUCAACCCGCAGCUCGCCAUGAAGAUUCUGGGCAACUUUGACCAGGCCAUCACGGAAGCGCUCCAGAAGAACGUCAAGGCGCGACUCCAGUUCAAGGGGAGCCUCGACACGUACCGAUUCUGCGACGAAGUCUGGACAUUCCUCAUCAAGAACGUGACUUUCAAGAUGGACACUGGAGGUCAAGCCGUCACCGCCAACAAGGUCAAGAUUGUUAGUUGCAACGCCAAGAAGCCUGAGGGUACAUGA